AGUCGCGAGUCGGGCGCGUGCGCAGCGCCGGGUCCUUCCCGGCUCCAGCUCCUGCGGCUCGCGCUCCUCCUCCCGCUCCCUACCCCCAACCCGCCGCGGCCGGGUUCCAACGUGUGGUCCCGCCGAGUGAGGCGUCGGUCCUUAGUGUUGCAGAGACUGCCCUGCGGUGUGCUCUCGGCACGUGGUGCCUGCCAUGGCGAUGGAUCAAGUGAACGCGCUGUGCGAGCAGCUGGUGAAAGCGGUGACGGUCAUGAUGGACCCCAGCUCCACCCAGCGCUACCGGCUGGAAGCCCUCAAGUUUUGUGAAGAAUUUAAAGAAAAGUGCCCUAUCUGUGUCCACUGUGGCUUGAGGCUGGCUGAGAAAACACAAAUUGCCAUCGUCAGACAUUUUGGUCUUCAGAUAUUGGAACAUGUUGUCAAGUUCCGGUGGAACAGUAUGUCUCGCCUGGAGAAAGUCUUCCUGAAGAACAGUGUCAUGGAGCUGAUCGCCAGUGGAACAAUGAACAUUUUGGAAGAGGAGAACCACAUUAAAGACGGUCUGUCGCGAAUCGUGGUGGAGAUAAUCAAGCGAGAGUGGCCGCAGCAUUGGCGAGACAUGCUAGCGGAGCUGGACACACUGUCCAGGCAAGGGGAAACACAGACGGAACUGGUGAUGUUCAUCCUUUUGCGCCUGGCAGAAGAUGUAGUGACCUUUCAGACUCUUCCCUCUCAAAGAAGAAGGGAUAUCCAGCAAACCUUAACCCAGAACAUGGAGAGUAUCUUCAAUUUCCUACUCAACACACUUCAGGAGAAUGUGAACAAGUACCAGCAGAUGAAAACAGAUACUUCUCAGGAGUCAAAGGCUCAGGCCAGCUGUCGGGUUGGAGUCGCGGCACUGAACACGCUUGCUGGCUACAUUGACUGGGUGUCCAUGAGUCACAUCACAGCUGAGAACUGCAAGCUGCUAGAGAUGCUGUGCCUGCUUCUGAACGAGCAGGAGCUGCAGUUGGGAGCAGCCGAGUGUCUUCUCAUUGCUGUCAGUAGAAAGGGCAAGCUGGAAGACCGGAAGCCCUUGAUGGUUUUAUUUGGAGAUGUUGCCAUGCAUUAUAUACUCUCUGCUGCCCAGACAGCCGAUGGCGGCGGCUUGGUGGAGAAGCACUACGUCUUCCUCAAGAGACUCUGCCAGGUGCUGUGUGCACUGGGCAGCCAGCUGUGUGCGCUGCUGGGUGGAGACUCUGACGUACAAACACCAGGGAAUUUUGGAAAAUACCUGGAAUCUUUUCUUGCUUUCACAACCCACCCAAGUCAGUUUCUGCGUUCUUCAACUCAGAUGACUUGGGGCGCCCUCUUCAGACAUGAAGUCCUGUCUCGGGAUCCUGUGCUGUUAGCAAUCCUCCCGAAAUACCUUCGUGCUUCUAUGACCAACUUGGUCAAGAUGGGUUUUCCUUCUAAGACAGACAGUCCAAGCUGCGAAUAUUCCCGAUAUGAUUUUGAUAGUGAUGAGGACUUCAACACUUUCUUCAACUCCUCCCGCGCCCAGCAAGGAGAGGUGAUGAGGAUGGCGUGUCGUUUGGAUCCCAAGACCAGCUUCCAGAUGGCCGGAGAGUGGCUGAAGUUUCAGCUCUCAACCCCUGUUGAUUCUGGAGCUAUGAACUCCUGUUCCUCUGAAGCUGGAACCGGUGAGGGAACCCUCUGCUCCAUCUUCUCACCCUCCUUUGUGCAAUGGGAGGCCAUGACUUUUUUCCUGGAAAGUGUGAUCAACCAGAUGUUUCGGACACUAGAUAAAGAAGCAAUCCCCGUCAACGACGGCAUAGAGCUAUUGCAGAUGGUCCUGAGCUUUGACACCAAGGACCCCCUCAUCCUGUCCUGUGUCCUCACUAAUAUCUCAGCGCUCUUCUCCUUUGUUACCUACAGGCCAGAGUUCCUGCCCCAGGUCUUCUCUAAGCUAUUCUCAUCUGUCACUUUUGAAAGUAUUGAUGAAAAUAAGGCUCCUCGCACACGAGCGGUGAGGAAUGUGAGGAGGCACGCGUGCUCGUCCAUCAUCAAGAUGUGCCGUGACUACCCUGAGCUUGUGCUGCCCAGUUUUGACACGCUGUACAACCACGUGAAGCAGCUCUUCUCCAACGAGCUGCUGCUCACGCAGAUGGAGAAGUGUGCCCUCAUGGAGGCGCUAGUGCUCAUCAGCAACCACUUCAAGAACUACGAGCGUCAGAAGCUGUUCCUGGAGGAGCUGAUGGCGCCAGUGGCCAGCAUCUGGCUUUCUGAGGAUAUGCACAGAGUGCUGUCAGAUGUGGACGCUUUCCUUGCCUAUGUGGGUGCAGACGUGCAAAGCUCUGACCCUGACGUGGAGGACCCCUGUGGUUUCAACCGCGCUCGAAUAAGCUUUUGUGUGUACAGCAUCCUGGGCAUCGUGAAGCGAACUUGCUGGCCUAGUGACCUCGAGGAGGCCAAAGCUGGGGGCUUCAUGGUUGGCUAUACGCCCAGUGGGAACCCCAUCUUCCGGAACCCCUGCACAGAACAGGUUCUGAAACUGCUGGACAAUUUGCUUGCCCUUAUAAGAACCCACAACACGCUGUACGCACCGGAGAUGCAAACCAAGAUGGCUGAGCCUUUUGCCAAGGCUCUAGAUAUGCUGGAAGCAGAGAAAUCUUCCAUAUUAGGAUUACCUCAGCCUCUCUUGGAACUCAAUGACUACCCUGUGUACAAAACCGUCUUGGAGAGGAUGCAGCGUUUCUUCAGCACCCUCUAUGAAAACUGCUUCCACAUCCUUGGGAAGGCCGGCCCCUCCAUGCAGCAGGACUUCUACACCGUGGAGGACCUCGCCACCCAGCUCCUCGGCUCGGCCUUCGUCAACCUGAACAACAUUCCUGACUACCGGCUCAGGCCCAUGCUGCGGGUCUUUGUGAAGCCUCUGGUGCUCUUCUGUCCCCCGGAGCACUACGAAGCCCUGGUGUCGCCCAUCCUCGGACCUCUGUUCACCUACCUCCACAUGAGGCUUUCCCAGAAGUGGCAAGUGAUUAAUCAGAGGAGCCUGCUGUGCAGUGGAGAAGAGGAGGCUGUGGAGGAAAACCCUGAGUCCCAGGAGAUGCUGGAGGAGCAGCUGGUGAGGCUGUUGACCCGAGAAGUCAUGGACCUCAUCACGGUUUGCUGUGUGGCAAAGAAGAGUGCAGACCACAGUGCCGCUCCGCCUGCAGAUGGAGAAGAUGAAGAGAUGAUGGCCACUGAGGUGACCCCAUCUGCCAUGGCAGAACUUACUGACCUGGGCAAAUGUCUGAUGAAGCAUGAGGAUGUCUGCACUGCGCUGUUAAUUACAGCCUUCAAUUCCCUGGCCUGGAAGGACACUCUGUCCUGCCAAAGGACAACCACGCAGCUCUGCUGGCCUCUGCUUAAACAAGUUCUGUCAGGGACACUGCUCGCUGACGCCGUCACAUGGCUCUUCACCAGUGUGCUGAAAGGGUUACAGACACACGGGCAGCAUGACGGCUGCAUGGCCUCCCUGGUCCACCUGGCCUUUCAGGUCUAUGAGGCGCUGCGUCCCAGGUACCUGGAGAUGAGAGCUGUGAUGGAGCAAAUCCCAGAAAUACAGAAGGACUCUCUGGACCAGUUUGACUGUAAACUGCUGAACCCCUCCCUACAGAAAGUGGCUGACAAGCGGCGGAAGGACCAAUUUAAACGCCUCAUCGCAGGCUGCAUUGGGAAACCCUUGGGGGAACAGUUCCGAAAAGAAGUGCAUAUUAAGAAUCUUCCCUCACUUUUCAAAAAAACAAAGCCAAUGCUGGAGACAGAGGUGCUGGACAAUGAGGGGGGCAGCCUGGCCACCAUCUUUGAACCCUGAAUCAAGCUUUUGGGCAUCCUUCCUCGGCCUUUGUCGUCAUCUCUUCUUCCCUUUCGUAGCUAAUCUCUAGGCCCCUCUCGCACUGCCACCUCACUGUCCACCACUGUCAGCUGGAGCCAAGCUGGGUCUGAGCAGAAGAGUGGGCCCUGUGCAGGAAGGGCCAGCAUCCUUCUAAGGCACCAGGAAAGGGAGUCAGGGCGGACACAUCGAUUUGUCGUGAUCUCCUGAUUAGUUCCAUUCUGCUUGCAGUUUGGGCUUGCCUGAGAAAAGGUAGAGCAGAGCGGUCCUUCUCCCCAAGCCUGCCACCCCAGUGCAGCCACACACCUGUACAGAAUGGGAGCUGGGGUGCUGUGCCCAGCACCGCAACCAGCUGGGCUUGUAAGGGCUGAGCCCCUGACCACUUGUGCCAGAGUUUCUCCCGGACCAUUACGCGUCCCAUUGAGCCCCAGCUGCUGGGCUGGCAGGGACCCUUCUCCACCCCCAGUGGCUUGUCUGCCUUAGGUGCUAAGUGCUCAGCUAAAUUCAGCCAGUUCUCUCAUCUGCAUUUGCAGCGAGAACUUGGUCACGUGAUGGGCUCCAUGGUACAGGCUACUGCUAGUCUGGGCAUGGAUAGGACGUGCAGGCACCAGGGCUGGGGAGCGUUCAGUGCUCUCUGACGACCCCGAGAGUUCACACAUCUUGCCCUUUCACAAAUGACCCUUAGGGAUUUCCCCAGCCUACGGUCUACUCGGGCCUGACAGCCACAAGCGAUACCGUUGUCACCCAAGGAUAAUCCAGACCAACUAGGCUUAAUUUGUGAUAAGCAGCUAGCAGAGCGACUGGUCUCAUAGGACCAGCUGAGUCCAGGUGCCUUUAAAAUUCUCAUGGCCUUUCAGGUCCCUGGUCACUUGUCUCAAGGGCCAAUUCUGAAAGAGAAAAAAUUUUUGCCUUCCCAUCACAACCUGUCCAAAGUCCACCCUAGAGGUCACUGGAAGGCCCCAAAGCAGAGGGGACGUGGUGGGACCUAGUCUUGGGGUAACCCUGCAGACAGGUCCGCGUCCAGUUGCUGGCAGGCUGAGAGGCACCGGCAUGACAUGGUAUGGGUGGGAAGAGACAACUUUGGGAAAACAGUGUCAGUUUGUCAGCUCUGCUGCACACGUCUGCCCCCUCUUCCUGCGCGGUGCUUGAGGAUUCUGUUGAUUGUCAAGGCGAUCUCACGAGUAUUUCCUCCAUACUUGAUAGCUGCCUACUCCUCUGUCUGAUUGGGGCUGUGGAGGGUGUAGUAUUUAUUGUGUUGUAAUAUUUUUAACAUCCUGUGACCUCAUGCUAGAAAUUUUCUAUUGUUUAUAGAACCUUUUUUGUAGAAAUGUUAACUCUAAAGCACAUCUGCAUGUCAGUAAAAAUCUGUUUCAUACAG